AUGAAACCUGCACUCGGCAGAUUGGGUGGCAGGACCGGCCUUGCUUGGGAGGAUGUUUGCCCCCUCGAUGGAAAGCACACUCCGCGAAUAGCUGUCUUGCCUGGAACGGAGCUUCUGCUGCUGAUUCAGGAGAAUGUUGGCCUCUUCUACAACCUGAGCACGAAGCAGCCAUCACCCAAAAACAUGGUCACAUGGCCAAGGAAAGUCACCCAUCUGGGUGCAUCCGCAAAUUAUGUCUUUGGCAGCUCUGGCCUGGGUCAACUGGACAUCUUUGGCAUCCAAGAUCAGAAGAAUUGUCAGACUCUAACAUUGGAUGGCGUGACUGUGUCCAUUUGUCAAGCAGGUGCGGGUCGGGCCCUAGUAGCCGCUGAGACGUCAGUGACCUGCUUGAGCCCAAUUCCGUUUGAGAAACAGGUAAAGAAGCUGCUCUUGCAAGUCCGCAUCAAUGAUGCUCGAGAACUCAUCACUGCCACAUAUGGUCCAGAGGACCCCGAGAGACAACUGCAGCUGCAGCGAUUUCAAAGACUCGCCGGUUGGGCAUUAUUCAGGGACCUGCAGUUUCUGCAGGCUUUUGAGCACUUCAUGUACUGUGUCGAUUUUCGAGUGGACCAGGUGUUGAUGUUUUGGGGUCGCCACCUACCAGCAGGAUGGGAGCCAGCUACCUCGAGGCACGAAGAUGAUGGGUCUCCCGAGCCAGUUGACAUCAUGGACUUUGUCCGCAGAAGACUUGCAGAACGACAGCCACCAGAGGCCGGUGAUGCUGCAGUGUCAGCAAAUGUUGGCUUGGCCAAUGCAGCCGGGGUCUCGAGGAAGCUUUUCAGUCUUUCACGCAAUAGUCAAGUGACAGCAUGCGUCUGCAUGUCUCUGCUGGCCGUUCACAAUUUGAAGAAGCACGAGGAGAACGCUUGGAUGCUAGGGCCUGCUAGGGCAGCUGCUCGUGUUUGGCACUUCUGA